UGUGUGUGUGUGGCUGAGAAUCGCGUGCGAAGAGUCCGGCGUGUCAUUCUGUGGAAUCCGCCACCUGAAACACAGUAUAUAACAGCAAACACACACACACACACACAUACAGUCACACACAAAAAAACACAGUCACACACACUCGAGUCUCUGCUCCUCCAGCUCACUCUGCGCUCGAUCUUCACACCAGAGCAUCAGCUGAGGAUGAUUCCUCCGGGAGACUGUCUGUACGCCGGGAGAAAGAGGAGGAAACCCGUGCAGAAACACAGAAAGCCAGCGCCGGCGACGGAGAAGUCGAACCCGUCGAAGCGUCACCGCGAGCGCCUGAACGCCGAGCUGGAGCGCCUGUCCAGUCUGCUACCCUUCUGUCCCGAGGUCAUCUCCAAACUCGACAAGCUCUCGGUCCUGCGCCUCAGCGUCAGCUACCUGCGCGUCAAGAGCUUCUUCGGCGCGGCUGCUCAGGAAAACCCUCGUGAGAAACACGUCAGCGGGAAGAAGAGCAACACGACAGACGCAUGCGUUCCUGAGAGCCAGCUGCUGCUCGAGUGUCUGGCUGGUUUUGCUCUGGUCGUCAGCAGUGAUGGGAUGGUGUUCUACGCAUCAUCCACCAUCGUCGACUACCUGGGCUUCCACCAGACGGAUGUGAUGCAUCAGAACGUGUUUGAUUACAUUCACGUGGACGACCGGCAGGAGUUCAGACGGCAGCUGCACUGGGCCAUGAACCCUUCGACCCAAACCCCGGAUCAGCAGUUCCCCAGCGGCACAGGUGAAGAUUUUGUGGUCAGCUCGUUGUUUGAGUCCGUGGAGGCGGGUGGCGUUGCUCCAGAGUUCUCCUGCUUCCUGAACCGAUGUUUUAUCCUGCGAGUUCGCUGCUUACUGGACAGCACAUCUGGAUUUCUGACGAUGCAGUUCCAGGGCCGCCUGAAGUUCCUGCAGGGCCAGCGGAGGAGGACGGUGUCGGGGGCGAGUCUCCCCCCUCAGCUGGGGCUGUUCUGUGUGGCCGUGCCCCUCGGGCCGUCCAGCGCCGAGCCGAGGGUGAAGACCGGCCUGGUGAAGAGCAAACACAAGAACCCUGUUCUCUCCUCGCUAGAGCACAAUGACAGAGACGAUCCUCUCAGACGGGCACACGCGAUCCCCUCCACAGACGCGAAGUGCCGGAUUGACGCUCCGUACGGGCCGGACGAGCCUCUGAACUUCUGCAAGUCUCUGUCGAGUGUCCCGAAGCUCCAGAACCUGGACUGUGGCGUGUGGCCCGUGAGAAGCUCCUUGGCCCGUCUGGGUCAGGGGCUCGAGCUCGCCGCGAGGAAGCACACGCACUACGGGAAACCCUACUGCCCGGGCCCCGGAUACUACAGCACCAGGGCCGAGGCGUUCCUGCCGAAGACGUACGGGAGCCUCUCACACAGCGACUACGACCCGGACGCCAUCAAGAGCGAGAGCUUCUGCUACGCCGGCCCCGGCGAGGGCUUCGACGCACACCUGGUGCCGGAACCGUCCAUUAAGGUGGAGCAGGACUCGGACUCGGAGAACGGCUGUGACGUGUUCGGGCGAUACGCGUGCGGCUUCGAGAGCGUGCCGAUGAAAGCCGAGUGUGUGUACGGCGAGGUGUUCUCCUGUCAGCGCAUGAAGGGAACGUACGGCAGCCCGUGUCCCAGCACUUACAGCGGCCCGGCCCGGCCUCUGAAGUGUGUGCUGAACAGAGACUCGCUGAACACACACGGCGACGCCUGCGCUGACGUCUACAGAGGGUACGUGCAGCACGACUAUAAGCUGCCCUACGAGUGCAAAGGGCCCGGGCUCCUUCAGGGCAUCAAGCAGGAGCCGGCGGAUCCUCCGCACUGGAUCGCGAUGAGCAACGGCGUGAUGAGCGGCGCUAACAAGGCCGACCCGUACGGCUUCAUGCAGUAGCCCUUCUGGAACUGGGUCCAGCCCACCAACACUCGCUUACAGCAUACACAGAUAAACUUUCUUACAUCAAGAUUGAUUUACUGGAGAAGCACAAUGCCUGAAGAUGUUAAGUCUUGUUUAAUGAAAAUCGAGUCAAAGUAAAGCCGGCGCGCGGAGCCGUGAUCUACAGUGCGUCAGGAGCGGGCCGUAGUUCGGCUCUAAACCCCUCCGCUGCUCUACAUCCACUGUAAAUCACGGCUUCAAGGGACUCAUUGCUUUUAUAAAACGGUUAAUAUUCUUUUUUAUAUUUAUUUUAUUCGUAAAAUAAACACCAGCAACAAAAAACAUAACUUUAGAACACAUUUAUUCCUCCACCAAACAAUGUAGUUCUAAAGAGGUUGCCAAGCAACACACAGCAACAAAGCAUCACACAUGACAGUCGCGCAGUAACACACACUACUGUGAUGUGCUCACAUGUGUGUGUGUGUGUAACACUACUGUGAUGUGCUCACAUGUGUGUGUGUGUGUGUGUGUGUGUGUGUAACACUACUGUGAUGUGCUCACAGGUGUGUGUGUGUGUGUGUGUGUGUGUGUGUGGAGUAAUUUACAACGGCUUUGAACGCGUCUCAACCAAUCAGAAUCAAGGACCAGAACUAUCCGGUUUAUAUGACUUAUUUUCUUUUUGAAUUAAGAUCAUUGUUCGAACUCUUCUGGCAGAUGUUUGUUAUUGUAUUAAGCACAAACGCGCUUCAUUUGAUCCGUAUGUCAGAAAACAAGACUGAAUAUCUUCAGUGAUUUUGCGUGUAUCCUGAUUCAGGGAUGUUUCCAUAUUCAAACCCUGGAUAAGGGAACCGUGUCUGUCGGCGCUCAGCGCUUUCAGUUCGCUGAGCUUUCAUUAUAGCUUCUUCUAUGCAGUUUUUAUAUAGUCAGGCUAAUGUUUCUGUUCAGCAAACAUGAACAAGGAUAAAAUUACGAACAUAAAAAUGAGAAAUAAAACAACAAUUAAAAUAAUAAACUUAUGAGAGCGACAGUCUCUCAUGCUUUCAUCUGAAAUGCCAAGAUGCACAUUUAUGUUGAAGACAGAUUCAUUUCAAGGUUUAUUGAAUUUAUUACAUCAUUACAAUCAUUGAUAAUCAAACCCUUGUUUUAUUAAAGCAUUUCAUCUGCAUGUUUAUGAAGUAUUGAAGUAUAAAAACUGAAGGAUUUCAUCUGAAGUUUGUUUUCGGAUAUCAGCUGAUAUGACUCCAUAUUUAGACAGAAAUAUUCUUCUAUCUCAUAAAAUAGCCAAGAGGUGAAAUCCACCUGACUAAUAUGUUGAAGCAGAUCAAGCAGCACAAAAUAUUCAAUAAUAAUGUCAAAUAUUUAAACAUUUUAAUGUUAAAUUCACUUCAGCAAUGAUAAUGAUGCCAAACGUUUAAUGAAGUGUUUAAUGGAGCACGGCUCUAAAGCUUUGACUUUGUUUUUAUGACUGCAGUUCCACAUACCAGGCUUAAUCUAGAUUUAGGUUUAACCUAGACCCAGGCUUAACUUAGAACCAGGCUAAAUCUGGUCCCAGGCUUAAUCUUGUCCCAGGCUUAAUCUAGACCCAGGUUUAAUCUAGACCCAUGUUUAAUCUGGCCCCAGACUAAAUCUAGACCCAGGCUAAAUCUAGUCCCAGGCUUAAUCUAGACCCAGGCUUAAUCUGGCCCAGACUAAAUCUAGACCCAUGCUUGAUCUAGACUCAGGCUUAAUCUGGCCCCAGACUAAAUCUAGACCCAGACUAAAUCUAGUCCCAGGCUUAAUCUGGCCCCAGACUAAAUCUAGACCCAUGCUUGAUCUAGACCCAGGCUUAAUCUGGCCCCAGACUAAAUCUAGACCCAGGCUAAAUCUGGCCCCAGACUAAAUCUAGACCCAGGCUAAAUCUGGCCCCAGACUAAAUCUAGACCCAGGCCAAAUCUGGCCCCAGACUAAAUCUAGACCCAGGUUUAAUCUGGUCCCAGGCUUAAUCUAUUCCCAGGCUUAAUCUAUUCCCAGGCUUAAUCUAGACCCAGGCUUAAUCUAGUCUCAGGCUUAAUCUAGACCCAGGCCAAAUCUGGCCCCAGACUAAAUCUAGACCCAGGUUUAAUCUGGUCCCAGGCUUAAUCUAUUCCCAGGCUUAAUCUAGACCCAGGCUUAAUCUAGUCUCAGGCUUAAUCUAGACCCAGGCUUAAUCUGGCCCCAGACUAAAUCUAGACCCAUGCUUAAUAUAGACGCAGGCCAUCAGUAAUGCUUUUUUCUAAGGCACGUUUAUAAAAGUUACUUAAUUGAACUAAGGCUUAAUCCUGGCUAAAUCUAAACCCUGUCUGUGAAACCGGGCCCUAAUGUAUUUGUCAAGUAAAGAUAAUAGUGAUAAUGCGCUUGCACUGACUUGGGCUCGUUCAGCGAAAGGGAACCGGCGUUUGAUCAGACGCUUUUGUGGAAGGUUCAUUUGUAUCAACUAUUUGUAUUUAUUGUUUACAUAUAAAUAUCAAAGGCCUUUUGCACUUUUUCAAGGAUUUUAACACAACGUUUUGCCACUGGCAUUCAAUACAGACAAUAAAUAUUAACAGAAGAUACAAUGUUUUACACAAGUUUAUAACUGCAAAGCAGCAACAAUCAAAAUGGGUCUUCCUGUUGUAUUUAUUACUUUUAUAAAAAUAAAAAUAUUGUAUGACAAAAAUGAGAAAGGCUUUUACUAUGGAUAAUGGCAAAAAUAAAUAUUUCCACUUUUCAGA